GAGGUGGCGCUAAUUUGUCAGAGGGUGAAAAAAAGAGGCAAAAUGGCGUGCAACCGUGUUACUCCGAGCAUGGAACAGCGUGUUGUGAUGCAGUUUCUGAUAAAUGAAGGCGUCAAGCCAGUUGACAUUCACAGAAGACUGCAGGCGCAGUUCGGCGAUCAGACUCUCAGCCGCAGUAAAACACUGGAAUGGUGCAAAAGUUUUCAGGAAGUCAAUACAUGCGUGAAUAAUGACAAUCCCGGGCAGCGGUGCAGCGGCGAGGAUGACGUGAGUCGUGGGGCAAAGCGUAAGGCAGUUGCAGAGGUAGAGCCCGAACCCGAGCCUGUGGCAAAGCAGGAUAAACCAAAUGAGGAGGAUAAACAGGAGGAUCAAGGCCAAAAAAUCAUCAUCGAGCACUGUAAAAGCUGACGUGUGUACGGGAGGAAUGCGGAUGCCGUGCGUGAGGCUCUCCUCGCCGCACAUCCUGAGCUGCGGGUGCUGGUGAACCUCCAGAAGCCUCGACGCAACAGCUUUGAAAUCACUUUGACUGAGGGGACCAAAGAAGUGGUGUUGUGGACUGGUAUCAAAAAAGGACCUCCCCGUAAACUAAAGUUUCCAGAGCCUGCUCAGGUUGUGACUGCGUUGGAGGAUGCCCUAAAAAGCAAGUAGAGAUUGCAAGGAAUGUUCAUUAUCUUGGGUUUCCUGGAUGCAUAAUGACGAGGAUGGGCCAAACGGAUGACUCCCAGUCUGUUCUCUGAUGACUUGAUUGGCAUCCUGCCCUGGAUUAUUGCUUUUCCCUUGUGAUUUUCUGCUUUACUUUGUUACAGUUCACAAACUGAUAUCCAUGUUCAUAUUUUUCAAAUGUGGUUAUAGAUUUUCAGAUGUUUGCAUAAACUUGUGCAUCAUUCAUUUCAUGGUACACUAUGUUGCCAAAAGUGUGUGGACACCAGACGAAGAAGUGAUUGAGAUUUAUGCCUUCUCAACUCUUAUGAUAACCUGCCGUCUCUUGGUAAGGCUUCAUUCGGAAAGAAUUUUUGAACAUGAGUGGGGUCAGAGACACUGAUGUUUGGUUAUGAAGUCUGGGGUUUAGUCUUUGCAGUGCUUCCCAAAGAUGUUCAGUACAGUUAAGUUCUUCCAUUACAACCUUGGUUAAACUAUAGUAAUCAGCCAUAAAGUUAUGACCACCUGCCUAAUAUUACAUAUGUCCCUCCCUUUGCCACCAAAGCAGUACACAUGGGGAGUGAAGGCUGGCCUGUGUAGUCGGAUCCAAUACAAGAGCAAGUGUACAUAAAAUUGAAGAAAAUGUUAAUGCUGGUUGUAAUAGAAAGGUGUCAAAACACAGUGCAUCACUGUGCAUUGUGGUGGCAUGAAGAGGGUCCUACUUAACGUUGUCUGAUCACUGUACAUUAAAGGGAAACUGCAGUGCUCUACAUGUAUCAUUUGGCCACAGUGUACGUUUGUUGUGUUAAAUGUGAGUUUGCAAACACCUUUGUGUAUGAAAAAUAAAAUUCCUAUGUCUUUUUCUAUUA